UUCAAAACAAUAACCCAGGGGCACAUCUACUGGCUUCCAAAGCAUCACAAACAAGCGUCACCUUUUUGGUUUCGUGCAAAGAAUAACGAAGUUAUCGUACUCCAGCGAAAAUGUCGUCAAAGUAUAUUAAAAAAGAAGAAUUGAAUCAAUCUAGUUUCCUGGAGAUGGAAUCCAUCGAUCCGGACGAGUCCGACUACUGGCUGGCGAAAGAGUCCUUUGAGGGCCCGCCGCGGUGGACGAAGGGUCUGACCCAAGAUGAUAUGAAUGCUAUUUAUCAAAUGGGAGCCCUCUCGACGAACGGAUUGCUCGCGGAAAUAAAGAAGAUAUUCGAUCAAUCGUAUCAACUAGGUCUGCAAGAAGCCACGGAAGUGACCAAAGGUAAAAAUCUCAACAUACUGCUACCUCCAACCAAACGGAAGUGAUCCUUUGGGCGAUACUUUCGUGUAUUCUUUAACAAAGUGUCACUUCACUCAGGUGCCCACUGCCGAGUGAUAAAAGUCACGCUUAGUUCGGAUUUAUGCAAUAAUAAACAAUUUCAUAGGCUGAGUAUCAAACCGUAA